CCCCGGACCCAGGAGCCAAAGCGCACUUCUCCACCCCAUGACAGCCCGAGGUCCGCGGCCUGUCCCCAGCACAAAGGGCCGGGAGGUCCUUCUGGACUGAACAGCACCAGCGCUCAGCACAGACAGGCCGGGCCACAGGGAGCUGCUGAGCUCGCGUGGAUCCAGCCCCAGGCUAAGCGACCCCAGUGGCGCUGCUUCCAGGAACACUAACCCCAUUGCAAAGGACCGCCUGCGGGGUGGCCGCGGGCCGGGGCGGGAGAGAGCAUGAGCUUCUGCCGUUUUGGUGCAAAAAGUAAGACCUCAGUAGCAGCGUUUCUAAAAUGUUGUCAGCCACACCAGGCUCUCUCCCCGGCCGCCUCUCCACAUCUCGCCGGCAAACCUCUCGCAGAGAGAGUCAAGUAGCUCCCAGAUGAGCAGCCGCCCGGGGCUGGUCAUCUGCAAACAGGUUGUACCACUUGCCGAAGCGAAGGAGGCAUUGUGUGAAUGAUUUCCCAACGCUCUGAGAAUUCAGUCAUUCUCCUCGCCACCAAAAGCCAAGCAGGAAAGUGUCGGCGUCCUCCGAGACCUAGGAGGACAUGUGCCACGGUAAGAACGGGAACUCAGGAGGCGCAGAACCAGAGCAGCCUGCACAGCGAGGAAGGCCUGGGCGUGACGGCGCUCGGCUCGCUCUACGGCGGCGCGCUUCUGUCCUCCACGUGCCUCCCGCCGCUCCUGAUUAAGAAGUUCGGCUGCAAGUGGACCAUCGUCCUCUCCAUGUGCUGCUACGUGGCCUUCUCCCUGGGCAACUUCUACGCCAGCUGGUACACCUUGAUCCCCACCUCCAUAGUGCUGGGUCUCGGCGCAGCCCCACUGUGGUCCGCCCAGUGCACGUACCUCACCAUCAUGGGAAACACGCAAGCAGAGAAGGUGGGGACAGUCGGCCGAGACGUGGUGAACCAGUAUUUCGGCAUCUUCUUUCUCAUAUUCCAGUCGUCCGGCGUGUGGGGCAACCUGAUCUCAUCCCUGGUGUUUGGCCAGACGCCCACGCAAGAGGCCAUCCCCGAGGAGCAGCUCCUGUCCUGUGGGGCCAGUGACUGCCUGAUGGCCACGGCGUCCACCAACAGCACGCAGCGUCCCUCGCAGACCCUCAUCUACACGCUGCUCGGCAUCUACACAGGCAGCGGCGUCCUGGCGGUCCUGCUCGUAGCCGUGUUUCUCGAACCCACCAAGGACGCUCAGCAGAAAGACAAAGGAGAGAAGAAAUUACCUUUCUGGUUCACCCUGCUGUCGACCUUCAGGCUCCUUCGAGACAAGCGCCUUCGUCUGCUGGUGCUGCUGCCGGUGUACAGCGGGUUCGAGCAAGCCUUCCUCACGGGCGACUACACCAGGUCCUACACCACCUGCGCCCUCGGGAUCCAGUUCGUCGGGUACGUGAUGAUCUGCUUCUCGGCCACCAACGCACUGUGCUCCCUGCUGUACGGAAGGCUCUCCCAGCACACGGGCAGGAUCGCGCUCUACGCGCUGGGUGCGGUGACCCACCUGUCCUGCAGCAUCGCCCUCUUGCUGUGGAGACCUGACCCCCGCCAGCUGGCCGUGUUCUUCGUGUUUUCUGGGCUUUGGGGCGUGGCCGACGCCGUCUGGCAGACACAGAACAAUGUGCUUUACGGCGUGCUGUUCGAGAAGGACAAGGAGGCUGCCUUUGCGAACUACCGCCUGUGGGAGGCCCUGGGCUUCACUGUCGCAUUUGGGUACAGCAAGUUCCUGUGUGUCAGCACCAAGCUCUACAUCCUCCUGGGCGUCCUGAGCCUGGCCAUGGUGGCGUACGGGACCGUGGAGCAUCUGGAGGCCCAGAGCCUGGCCAGGUCAGCUGCCGCAGAACAGAAACAGCCAGCGAAGGAGGCGGUUAUGGAGACGGCCAUGUGAUGGGGACGCACGCCCACGUGCUCGGGGCUUCUAGAUGAUUCUUCCCAGCGGCGUCAGCGGUUUCCAGCCGUCCUGAGCACAUCACAUAGUUACCUGCUUCUGUAUGGUUUUUUUUCUCUUCUGACAAGUUUGCAGCCCACCGUGUCUCCGGUGGGGAUGGAGAGUGUGUGCGAAGGAAUCCCUCAACGCCAGACGCAACGGAGACGUCGUCGGCCAGUGGCACCGGGCUUGGGUAGAGCCAGCAGCUCCCACCUGCUGUUGUGCCCACGGGUGCUGCUGUCCGUAAGAAUCGGAAGAUGUGACGACAGUGCGUGUGACACUAUAAUCGUACCCACGGGUAACCCGACGCGCAGGCAAGUCCGCAGACACCCCCAGGGUCAGUGAGCGACACAGCCAGACGAGAGUUACUGUGCCUCAAAGUUUACAGACUAUGGGUUUCUAAAUAAAUGUAACUACAGUACAGACGUGUCUCCCACUCACUCGGGUACUUU